AUGGAGGACGCCCGGGGAGGCGCCCCGCAACACAGCACACACAGAAACCUCUGUCUCAGAGAAGCAGCCAUCGUAAAUGAGGAGGAAAUCAAAAUGCUGCUCCUGAAGAGCACAGACAAGGAUUUCUGCUGCUCCUCGUGUCCACGUUCCUCUACAACCCAAAAUCAACUCCACAAUCACAUCAAGAGCUGCAACCAUGAUAAAUAUGAGACUCUGGUGAAGAUUAAGACUGAACAUGAGGAUCUGACGCCCACCAGAAGCUCCAGUAAUCAGCAAACGUCCUCUGGUACUGUCAGCAUUAACACCUCUCUUAGUCCCACCCAGGAAGAAGGAAACGUCUGCUCACAGUGUGGGAAGAGCUUCAGUACCCAGGGUGCUCUCAAAAUACACCAGCGCAUUCACACUGGAGAGAAACCAUAUCAGUGCUCACAAUGUGAGAAGAGCUUCAGUACCCAGGGUGCUCUCAAAACCCACCAGCGCAUUCACAGUGGAGAGAAACUUUAUCAGUGCUCACAGUGUGAAAAGAGUUUUAAUACAAAGAGUGAGCUUAAAAUACACCAGCGCAUUCACACAGGAGAGAAACCCUAUCAGUGCUCACAGUGUGAAAAAAGUUUUAAUCAACAGAGUAAUCUCAAAAUCCACCAGCGCAUUCACACUGGAGAGAAACCAUAUCAGUGCUCACAGUGUGGAAAGAGUUUUAAUGGACAGGGUCAUCUCAAAAUACACCAGCGCAUUCACACUGGAAAGAAACCAUAUCAGUGCUCACAGUGUGGAAAAAGUUUUAAUCAACAGAGUAAUCUCAAAAUACACCAGCACAUUCACACUGGAGAGAAACCGUAUCAGUGCUCACAGUGUGGAAAGAGUUUUAUUACACAGAGUAAACUCAAAACACACCAGCACAUUCACACUGGAGAGAAACCAUAUCAGUGCUUACAGUGUGGAAAGAGUUUUUAUACACAGAGUAAUCUCAAAAAACACCAGCGCAUUCACACUGGAGAGAAACCAUAUCAGUGCUUACAGUGUGGAAAGAGUUUUUAUACACAGAGUAAUCUCAAAAUACACCAGCGCAUUCACACUGGAGAGAAACCAUAUCAGUGCUUACAGUGUGAGAAGAGUUUUAAUCAACAGGGUCAUCUCAAAAUCCACCAGCGCAUUCACACUGGAGAGAAACCGUAUCAGUGCUCACAGUGUGGAAAGAGUUUUAAUGGACAGGGUCAUCUCAAAAUACACCAGCGCAUUCACACUGGAAAGAAACCAUAUCAGUGCUCACAGUGUGGAAAAAGUUUUAAUCAACAGAGUAAUCUCAAAAUACACCAGCGCAUUCACAGUGGAGAGAAACCGUAUAAGUGCUCACAAUGUGGGAAGAGUUUUAAUCAACAGGGUAAUCUCAAAACACACCAGCGCAUUCACACUGGAGAAAAACCGUAUCAGUGCUCACAGUGUGGAAAGUGUUUUAAUAGACAGAGUGAUAUCAAAAAACACCAGCGCAUUCACACUGGAGAAAAACCGUAUCAGUGCUCACAGUGUGGAAAGAGUUUUAAUCAACAGAGUGAUCUGAAAAAACACCAGUGCAUUCACACUGGA